UGUUGUUUUUCAGGCUAUAAAACCCCAGGCUGACCCUCUGGCUGUCUUUUUUGUCCACCCUUCUCUCUGUACUGCUGUUUUCCUGCACUAUCCGCUGCGACCUGGGUCCAACUGGCCGAACUGACCAUAUAGUUUCAGGACCAGGAAAGAGAUGACAUCAAUGAAAAUGGACAAGCUGUUAUUAGAGCUGUUGGUCCUGCUGGGAGUCGUUGGGUUUAGUUUUGGUGCAAUCCAAAGGCCUGAUUAUGAUGACACUCCAAACCCGGAGUUCCUCAAUGCAUCCUGGAUGGCCAGCAUCCCUGAUGAUCAGCCAUUGUCUGCAAUCACAAUGCCAGGAACACACAACACCAUGGCCCUGUAUGGCGGAGUUUACGCAGAGUGUCAGACAUGGACCUUGGCCUCCCAACUUCGAGCUGGUGUUCGUUUUCUAGAUGUCCGUGUGCGUCACGUCGACGGGAAUCUGACCAUCCACCAUGGGGUGUCCUACCAGUGGGCUCAUUUCGGACAUGUACUAGAGGGUGUGGUUGACUUCCUGCAUGAAUAUCCAAGUGAGACUGUUUUGAUGCGGUUAAAAGAGGAGUUCAGUGAGACAAAUGACAUAUACAGUGCUGUGGUAGAUUUCAUCCAUCGCUAUGCUUACUGGGACCUGAUAUGGCACAGCAGAAUGGUACCCACUAUGGGUGAGGCCAGAGGGAAGCUCAUCAUUCUGCAGGACUUUACUGGUCCAGAUUUGGGAAUGCGCUACGGUUCCCUGGAUAUAGCCGAUGCCUGGAAGGUACCAACCCUGCUGUAUUUGGAGGAGAAAUGGCAGAGUGUCUACAAACAUCUGGAGGCUGCACCAUCGGGAAAUAUGGAUCAGAUUUUUCUAACCUAUGCCAGUGGAGCUGGCGUGUUUGCCCACCCCAGAGCUGUUGCACAGGGAAUCAACCCACAGCUGUAUGAGUACCUGCAGGCUAAGACAAACCAGAACCAGCGCCUCGGAAUCAUAUGCAUGGACUUCCCUGCUGCUCCUAUGAUCCAAACCAUUAUUGAUUUCCAACUAAAAGAGGUUGUAAAAAACAGCAAAAUGGAUGUGAAGCAUGCAUCUUUUUUAGUCAGACAGAUGAUCAAACAAUUUGCUGCCAAGAAUUGACCUGUAUUUUAAUGACCCAGAACUUUACGAAAAUUUGGUUAAAUUUAAAAAAAAUCAGCCAAGAGAAAUAAUUUGACUUUUUAGCCAAUGAUUUAAAGCUAACCUGUUUUCAUACAUCAUUGUUUAGAAAAUGAAAGUUGCAAAACAGGACUACUUUAAUACAAAAGGAAAUAUUGAGUUUAAAGCCUUUGUUUUAAACAAAAUUAUUAAGUUUUUUAAAAUUGUUAAAAUGGAAAAUGCAAAC